AUGGUCAACCAGUGCUGCCCAAACGAUCAGACGGCCGACCUUCUUUUCUUCGAUCGUCGCCAACCUCUUCGAGAGGUUGCGAUCUCUUGCUGGAAUGUACACCGACGUCUGGCCGCGUUGGCUGAUUUGUUGGCGGCAGGCUUGGACACAUGGCAGAGCAUUGGCGAAUUGGCACUUUUAACAGGAGUUCGACUAGCCAAUUUGGCACAAGCUUCUUUUAAUUUAAAUUUAUUCGAGAAAGAGUACUGUAAUCACAGUAUUCAACUACUGGAAGAGGACCUAGCUCUUUAG